AUGGAUGGAAUGAGGAAUGAGCCGGAAGCAGCCUACUUUGCCGAAUAUUCAGUCUUGAAAUUACGCGCCAAAUCCACAGUUGCGACAGAUCAACAGCCUAGUGCUCCAAGCGAUGGACUCAUGAGCCUCAGAGCUGCUGUUCUUAAAGCCUCUGGAACAGAUGUACUGCCCAAGCAACCAAUCCGUCGGGCAUUGAUAGAUUCUUUCUUCACAAAUAUUUGUCAUACUGUUCCAGUUCUCAGUCGACCAGAGUGUAACCAUUCUAUGCUCGGCCUUGAAUCUAUGCGUGACAAGUUUGGACUUGCCGACACAGCAGCGCAAAGGGUCUCUGGCCUGAACCAUGACCGACAAAUUCUGCUCCACCAUUGCAAUGUGGAAAGUAUUCGUAGACCUGCCCCUGGGCUGGGUCCCUGGACAGACGAGCAGCAGAUGUCGGGACUGAAUUCUUUGCUCAUGAAUGUGCAACAGUGGUGUCCGGACGUCAAUGAGAUUCUAUCCGACCCGGGUAUAGGACGAGUUUCACCAACGGCUUUGGAAAGUGUAGGGAAUCCGAGCCAUUGGAGCUUGGAUGAUUUCAACUCAGUGUAUGAUGUUUCAGAUGAGUCGGUCUUUACUAACACGGUGUUCGACAAUUUUGACAUAGAAGAUAUCUUUGGCAUAUAUUCAAGCUGA